AUGAGUGGUAAACUUACUCAAUCUUCAGAGAUAUACCUUAUAGAUAGUGAUAAGAAAUAUUCACCUAUCCAGCCAUCUCCAUUAGAUAAUCUUCUAAAACAAUUUGGAUUGGAGAAAACUGCCGAAUCAUUAACCAGAACAAAUAGAGAUGGAUCUAAAGGAGUUAAGUUAAGAAAAUCAUACAAAAAUCAUAUAAGUGAUUUACCGGGUAAACACAAUAUACCUGGACCUAAACCUAUACCGAAUGGAAUGCUCGAUCCAAUGAUUAGUCAAGCACCUCAUGUGAUCAAACCACUUGAUGGUCAAAUGUUACUGAAAGCCUUGAUGUUCGAAAAACUGCCUCAUGGAGGAAUUCCUGGAAUUGAUAAAUCUGAAAUAGCCAUUGGAGGACCUGGUGAUGGAUCUUUUAGACGUGAUGAUAUUGAUAAUGAUGAUGAUGAUGGCAGGAAAAACAAGAGAAAGAAGAAAGCUCAACUAAAUGGAGAUCUGAAAAGGCAACAUAUUUGA